AUGGAAGUGGAAACCCUCAGUGGAAUGAUAACUGAGUUGUCGAAAAGGGUGUCGAAAGAAAAGGAAAGAGGUCUACAAACGCUGCCUGAAGUCGAAAAAUGGAUUUCAAUGGCGGAAGAUCUUGAAAUGGAAGCCAGUGGUCUCCUUAGUGAAAGUAUCUCAGAAUGUUACAAUUUAUCUACGUAUGAUGAUUGUUCCCAGAUCUCUGAAAAGAACCAUCAGUACAACGAGAUGGUAUGUCUUACUCUGAAAGAAGUUGAAGCUCAGAGUCUGAGAUCUAAGGGGGUUUUUGAACUAUUGGUUGCGAGAGCUCCAUUGUCUAAUGUCCAAAAGAUGCUCCCGCUUCGACCAAUAGUUUCUCGGGAGAUGUUGCUAGAAAAGGCAUGGAAACGCCUUUCGGAAAAUGAAUGUGGGACUUUGGGUCUUUAUGGUGUGGCUGGAGUCGGAAAAACCUUCCUUCUUACUCAGAUUAAAAAUAAGAUCACAGAAGAUAGGGAGGUAUAUGGUCUUCACAUCUUUGUUGAUGUAAAGUCUGACGGGGUCGAGGGUAUACAAAACAAAAUCAGGGAAAAAUUAGGCAUAGACAGAAGUAAAUAUAAGGACUUGAGUGAAAAUAUGCAAAAAGCAGAUACGUAUGAGUCGUUAAGUAAAACGAGAUUUGUGUUGUUAUUGGAUGGCGUACAGAGGGAAGGAAUGGAUUUUGAAAAGAUUGGAAUUCCACGGCCGAGCAGAGAGAAUGGAUGCAAAAUUGUAUUCACCACUCGUUCUCCAGAAGAAGCAUGUAGAAGCAAGUGGGUUGAUGCUGAAGUCGAAGUUAAAUGUUUGAGACCAGAAGAAGCAUGGGAGGUUUUUCAAGAGAUAGUUGGAGAAAGUACUUUAAAAGGUCAUCCAGACAUACCCAACCUCGCAAGAAUUGUUGCUAGAAGAUGUGGUGGUUUACCAAUUUCUUUGAGUCUCAUCGGCAAGACCAUGUCACGCAAAAGGACUCUACGGGAGUGGUAUCACGCGAUUCAUGUUUUGUCAUCUAGUAGCCGAGUUCCCAAUCCCAUGUUGAAGUUCGCCUACGAUAAUCUUCCUGGUGAGAAUAUCAAGUCGUGCUUCUUGUAUUGUGCUCUUUUUCCAAAAAAUUAUGAUAUAAGUAAACAAGAUCUGGUAGACUAUUGGAUAGCAGAGGGAAUGAUUAUAGAUGAAGAUAGAGAGAUAGCUGAGCUCAAGGGUUAUGAGAUGAUUGGUGAUUUGGUUAAAGUGGGUUUGUUGAUGGAGAAUGAAUCUGGAGAUGGUGUAAAGAUGAUGAUGCAUGACAUGGUUCUUGAUAUGGCCUUCGGAAUAGCAGCACGAGCAUCUUUUUCCGGGAGGCACGCAGAAAACAUUGUCGUGAAAUGCGGUGCAAAAAUUCUCCGGAUGCCAUGGGCCAGUGGUCGGACAAGGAUGUCAGUGACAUCUACUCAGAUUGCAACUAUUUCAGCGGGUUAUGGUUGUUCCCAGCUUACCACCCUAUUCCUCCAAGGGAACGACAAAUUAGGACGGAUCUCGGAUGGUUUCUUUCGGCGGAUGACAAGUCUUGCAGUAUUGGAUCUGUCGCGUAACGUAAAUCUUUAUGCGUUGCCAAAUACGGUUUCAAGACUGGUAUCGCUGCAGCUUCUCAACCUAUCAGGUACAUCGAUAAAACGGUUGCCAAGUGGUCUGAAAAAACUUAGAAAACUGAUACACUUGGAUUUGGAGCACACACAUAAGCUUGGAGGAAUCGAGGUGCUAGCAAGUUUAUUAAAUUUGCAAGUACUGAAAUUAUUCGGGUCUAAUGUACCUGUGGAUCUCGGUUUAAUGGAGGAUAUAUAUCUUUUGAAGAGUCUUGAAGAGCUGAGUCUUACCGUGAAUGAUUAUACUGUUUUGCAGCGGUUACAAAGUUUCCACCGGUUGGCAAUCCGUCGUUUAUAUCUCAAAAACAUUACAACAACCGAGGGAGAAUUAUUACUGAUGAAGUCUAGUCUUCGCCAUCUUAAUAUUUAUCGAUGUACUAUAUUCUCGGAGAUAACCAUUGAUUGGAGAAGCUGGGAGACGGUACAUUCUGGCAACAUUCAGAAACUCCCACAAUUCCGGAACAUACGGACAGUGUAUCUUUCUAAUUGCGAAGGUCUAGAGGACUUGACGUGGUUGCUACUAUCCCCGAGUCUUGGCGAACUACGUUUGACUGACUGUCCGCAAAUGAAAGAAGUAAUAAGCAAAGAGAAAGCCACGGCCCUACUGGGUCAGACGAGUCAGCAGCCCUUUCAAAAUCUAAAGGUGCUCUAUCUGUCUACUUUACCUGAACUGGAGAGCAUUUACUGGACUCCUCUACCCUUCCCAGCUCUGCAGCUUCUCCAUAUAUCAAACUGUCCAAAGUUGAGAAGACUUCCACUCAACUUCGAGAGCGCUAAAGGAAAUCGAGUAAAUGUAAAUUUCGACCAACAAUCUAUACAAGGGUUUGAAUGGGAGGAUGAAGCUACUAAACAACGUUUCUCUCAUCUGAAUGACACCAGGUUCAGGUCAGUCCCUUGUCCCCUCUCAUCCACCGUCCUCUUGUCCAUCUUAUUUUGUUUUGGCGAUUUUGCCAGAGAUGGUCCUGCCGUCCUGUUAACCAUUUGA